AAAGGCACUUGCUUUUCUUGCCCUACCACAGUUUGAAAAGUCCGAGUGACAGUUUGCUGAGUGUGGAGGUGAGCAGGAAAAACAGACAUGCUUGCCAAACAUAACGGGAGGAUUUUCAUCGCUCUCUGUGUAAUCCUCUUUACGGGAUGCACAGUGCAAGGGAGUCCUGUCCAAAGGGGCCGUUACAUGCGUGUGAGGUGCAGACCCAAUGCCCGUUUUGCAAAUUGCAUUGAAGAACAAGGACCUGUUUUUGACAUUCCUGAUGGAAGUGCUAACAUGAUCCUUCCUCCCAAAGCUGAUCCAGAACUAAUGAAAGAAUUUCAAGACCACCCUGAAGCUUUCCAACUUUCUGGAGAUGAAUAUGGAUCAGGAAAUGAAGGAGAUCCAGAGUUUGGGUCAGGCACUGAGUAUGAUAUGGAUGAUCCCAGUAUUCCUAAAUUUGAUGUGAACCAACCAGAUCAGAAAUUGACGCUUAAAUUGACGAAGGAAGGUUUAUUCCUGCAUGAAAACAGACUGUGAUCUCUGUUCCGGCAAUUAUGAUCUUACUUCUUAAAUGCCUUUGGAGUUUUAUGAAAAAGUGCAAUUACAUAUUGCUAAAAAAUAUUGUACGAACUAUAAAAUGAAUCAUAAGUACCUUAAAAUGUUUAGCGCUUUUCUUUGGUAUAAACUGUAAUGAAUGCAAGGUUUUCCUUCUCUAUGAUGUAAACCAUUUCAUAACCUGGGUCCCUUUGUAUUGUUGUAGUGUAAAAAAUAACAUGAAUUUAUCAGACAUAUAGUCAAGGGUGAGCUAAAUGAGGAAAGAAGACCGCUACAAUGAUAUAAGAUGAACGCAGCGAUGCACCCUGUAGAGGAAUUCAAGGCAAAUGAUCUCCAGAUGCUUCUCUUUCUUUUUUGUGUCUUCUGCUAGCCAUGACAGUAAGCCCUAACAAUCCCACGUCAUUCUGGAGGUUUAGAGAUACACUUUCCCUUUUACCCAAAGAGCUCUAGCAGUGCCAGAAACUGGAACUGGGCAUUAUUCCCAUUGACAGUUAGUUUUUGAUUUAUGCCACUCAUGGAAACCCCCCCACAGUUGGGCCCUUCAUAUCCAGAGGGUUAGUUCCAGGACCUCAAUAGUUACCAAAAUAUGUGGAUGCUCAAAUCCCAUUAUAUACAGUGAGGUAGUAAAAUUGCAUCCAAUAUAUAAAAUGGCCUUGCUUUUUAAAUUAAUUUUUUUCUCAAGUGGGUUAACUUUAUAUAAGUUUUCAAAAUAUGAAGCUUUUGAAGUGCCUGCAUUAGUAAAAAGCAAAAAAAAAAAAAAAAAAAAGGAGGAGGAGGAGGAGGAAGAGAAGAAGAAAGGGGCGGGGGUUGUCAUUCAUAAAAAUGUUAAGUUGUACUUCUCUGGAAUGUGUUGUUUAUAGUCAGAUAAAUUCUAAAUGCCCAAAUCUCUUGACUGUUUCCAAUUAUAAUAAUACAACUUUGCCUUAUGUUUGCAAAUCUUAUUAAUCUUGUAUCUUGUUCAGUACUUGUAUUUACUGUAAACUGCUGGAAAGAUUUCCCCGAUACAUGCAUUUCUUUACUUACAAUUCUAUUAAAAUUGAAUUGCAUCUGAA